UCUUUACAGAAUUAACCCUUAACCAAACCUGUAUUUGACAUUCAUUUAAAAUUUGGUGUUAUUGUUAGAGUUGCUAUAAACAUCUCGUUUGUUUCUCUGGCAAGAUGUGAGAAUUUAGUGACUGAAGAACAAUUACAACUUUUACAUUCAAGUUACUCAUAAUAAAAAUCAUGAGAAAAUGCUAUAAAUACAGAGUAAGCAAGCUUAUGCUGUAAAUCACUGUAAUUAAUUUCAUAUUUCCAUGAAAAAAUUAACAUUAGGAUUCUCUUUAACCAAUAGUCUAAGCAGUUAAAGAAUAACAUCUUCUGUAUUAACAGAUGUAAUUCAUAUAUAUGAUAAUUAAACUAAUAAAGAAAAUCCGCCAGGCCUAACAUGCAUCGGAGCGGGAAAUACUUUGAUAUCACUUCGAUUUUUCCUCUUAGACAAAAUUAUGGAAAAAAUCAAUUUAGCUAUCAAAAUUCUAUAAAUUUAUCCUUACGGUCUUUUAUCCAGAACAUAUCAUUUUCCAUCUUAAAUAUUGAUCUAUACGUUUAAUCCACCAGUUCCUUCGUGCUUUCCAUAAUCGAAUUCUUUGCCGCUCAAUUCCUCAACAUACCCAUUUCCAAUAAUUACAAUGAACUAUUGUUGUAUAAGCUCAUAUCCAACUUUAUCCGUUAAUACGAUAUUUGUUCACUUUUAAUUUAAAGUACAAAAUUCACAUAAAAUUGUUUUUGGUUUCUUCCCCAAGAGAUCUGAUUAGUUUAUUUUAUAUAUACUAUAAAUUAUUUGUCUAAAAUUCUAAUUUGAGAAUUCAAUUAAUAUUUUAACAAUCCUAAAACUCAAACAGCCGAUGAAAUUAUUUGAAAGCAAUCAAUUUUUUCCAUAAUUAUUAAGACAUUAUAGAGAAUAGUUUUCAAAAAUACUACAAAAUUUUUAUAACCAGCAAAUCACUAAAAAUAGAAUAAAAUCUAAAUUUUAUAUUACUAUAUUGGUUAUUUUUAUAAAAUUAAUCCAAUUUUUUAAUAAUUUUUUUGUUAAGAUAUUUUUGAAUGAUAUGAGAAUUAAAGUUUGUGGCAACUCUAUAAAUAAAAGGAUACUGAAUAAAACCGACACGAAAUACUUAAAAACCCUAGAAACUUUCACAACUUCCGAAAACCGCCGCCAGUUGAAAUGACAACUAAUCUUUAAAACUAUCUUUUACAACAUUUAAGAGCCGCCUACAGUUGACAUAUCAUAGUUUUUCUUCUGACAACAGAUUUUCCGACAGCAGAUCUUCCAACGCUCAAUCUGCCAGAACUUUAAAGUAAACAAAGUUGUGAAAUGGGAGGCCCAAAGCAGAUGUGGACACCAAAAGAAGAAAAAGCUCUUAGAGACGGAGUACGUGAAUACGGAGCUGGAAAGUGGCGUGGCAUACUUUCAGACAGCAAGUAUGGCCUAGAUUUGAAGGCUCGCUCAAACGUGGACCUCAAGGACAAAUGGAGAAAUAUAGGUGCAGGUAUAUCUGGAUCUAGGAAGAAGAAGGCUAAGAUUGCUUUUCAAAACCAGGAUGAGGAUGAUGAUACAGCUCUUGCCAUUGUGGCUGUGGCUAACGAUGAUAAUGGAGAACAAGAGAUUGUUCCAGCAUCUCCUGCUAAUGAUAAUGGUGGAGAACAACAGAUUGUUCCAGCAUCUCCAGUUAAUGAUGAUGAUGAAGGACUCUUUACAAGUGUGGAUACAUUUAUAUUGGAGGCUAUUACCAGCUGGAAGAAACUUUUGCUUCCUAACAAGAAGUCGAUCUUGCUUCGUGUUGAGGAGAAAAACAAUAUGGAACCGGGUAUGAAACGGCUUGUGGCUUCAAGACUUACGCAUUUGGUAAAUGUUGGAACAAUAAUCAGGAAAAAUAACAGAUACAAGAUUGCUCCAACCUAUGCGGCUGCAGAAGCAGAACAAAACUCUCCUCAACUCUUAUUGGUAGGAAGCAAUGAGAAUGGUGUUAAGAAACAAGGAGAAGCAUUUAAGAUAAACGGCAUGACAGAAAAAGAAGCUUCUGCAGCCGCUGCAAAAGCGCUGGAGGAAGCAGAAUUUGCAAGGGCAGAAGCUGAAGAAGCGGCUAGAGAGGCAGAUAGAGCUGAAGCAGAAGCCGAAGCUAUGCAGGAUUAUGCAGUGGCGGUAAAGAAAGUCUGGAACGAUUGGAUGCAUGGCCAAACUUGGUGGUGAAGCUGCAUAAUGUCAAAGCUUGAAUGUAACAUCGUUAUCUAUAACUAAGAACAUUAUGUUAAACUUUUUUCCUAUUGCUAUAUUUAUCUGUGUUUGUAAUAACUUCAGAGGUUUCUCGUAACCCAUUUACAAACUUAUUUCUCUUUCUUUGAGUUUUGAAUUUAAGGUUGAGUCACUUUUGUUUUUGUGUAUGUUUGUUUCAAAACUGCAAAUGUCUAAGAGGCAACGCUUGACCAGACCGGUAGGAGAAACAAACUCUUGAUUCAUACGGGGGAAAAAGCACACAAGACAAGAAGACUAAGAAGAUCAAGAAGAGAGACCAUACAUUCUUGGAGAAGUUUAGUUCUUAUAUUUUAAAUGAACAAAGAAAAAAAACUAUGGGAGAUAUAGAAGAGAAAAAGAGUCUUAAGAUCCUUUACACAUGCAAUGGAAGAAACUGAGCGGCAAUAACGCUCCAACAGCUGCGGAAUCUUGGUUGAACGCCAAGAUCCCAUAGUUUGAUUGUAACAUUUCCUUUUGUCAC